AUGGAUGAACAGGAGGAAUGUUCAGAAAACCCUAUUCCUGCUAUUGAUAAUGUCAACAUUGCCAUUGCAAUGCAGUUUGCUCAAAUUACUAGAGAAAGUGAUGUUAGAUUUUUUACUGGGUUUGAGAGCACAAAAAGUUUCCAAGAAAUAUUCAACUUUUUAGUGCCAAGAGCACGACUGAUGAAAUAUUGGGAAGGUGUAAAAACAAGUUCCGGUGUAGAGAGAGAAGAACCUAAUCAGCAAAGAAUUGAUACCAUAAUAUUAUCAAAUGUGUAUGCGGAAGGAUCUGUAUUGCCCAUUAACAAACCAGGACCUCAGCGAAAGACUACCUUAGAACAAGAAUUUUUAUUAACUGUCAUGAGAUUGCGUCUGGGAUUGCUCAUUAAGGACUUGGCUUUUAGAUUUCAAAUUUCAACCACCAGAGUUUCUCAAAUCUGGAUAACUUGGGUCAAGCUUUUAUCGAAAGAACUACGGCACCUCAUUAUAUGGCCAUCUAAAGGUCAAAUAUAUGCUACUUUACCAGAUGCCUUCAAACGCUUUUAUCCAAAAGUCAGAGUCAUCAUUGAUUGCUCAGAAGUUUUUUUGGAGACGCCGUCAUCUCUGGAGGUUGGUGCAUAUCUUUGGAGUGAUUACAAGCACCAUUACACUUUCAAGUUUUUAAUAGCCAUCACACCAAAUGGAGCAGUUUCAUGGAUAUCUCCAUGUUAUGGUGGAAGGACAAGUGAUGUUUUUAUUGUUAGAAACUCUGGAUUUUUAGACUUACUUGAACCUUAUGACACUGUUAUGGCAGACAGGGGGUUUAAGAUAAAGUCAGACCUCACAAUGAAGAGAUGCUAUUUAGCAAUCCCUCCAAGUGCAGCUAAAGGCAAUCAAAUGAUAUCAGAUGAUGUCGCUGUUACAAGUAAAGUUGCCAAUGUAAGAAUCUUUGUUGAAAAAGCCAUUGCAAGAGUUAAAUGGUUUAGAAUUUUAUCUACGGAACUUACUAUGUUGGAACUGCCAUUGGUUGAUGACAUUCUUAUAAUAUGUUGUGCAUUAGUGAACUUAUUUCCUCCAUUGCAAGCUGAGAAAAUUGACAUUGACACAUGA